AUGGAUGAAAUUCUUGGGCAGGAAUGGGACUUCAGCCUCCCACUUGAAGUAACGUUCAGUGGCGAAUUAGCCCAAGACUACGGUGGCCCCAGAAAGGAGUUCCUAGGCAUUGCAAUAAGAGAGACAAGAAACCGUCUUUUUGAAGAUGACGGACAUGGUCAUUACGUAAUCAAGGAUAACGUUGCUCAUACUCUGAAAAAUUACUAUCUUGGUGGAGGUCUCAUAUUCGGUUUCUGCCUGUUACAAGGAGGUCCACUGCCAAGUUUUCUUCAAGAAGAUCAACUGAAAUUGUUAAUUCAAGAAAGUGAUUCACGCCCAUUGAGAGAAUCUGAGUUACAAUUUCAAGCUGGUCUGGCCAAGUUUGGACUCGUGCAAUUGUUCAGAAAGAAACCAACUAUCCUUGCAUUUCUAUAUGAGAGGUCAUUAGCGCAAAAUCUAACGUACUCGAAAUUGGCAAAGCUAUUGGUGCCCAAUUUCUCAGAACAAGGGUCAAACAAAAGGUUGUUGGAAGAGUCGGCAUACCGUGGUUUCUUAAACUACAUGAAAGAGAUUGCAGCACAAAGACGUGGUGCGAUCACUUUAGGAAGUAUCCUGGCAUUCAUAACUGCAAGUGAAACGGAACCAAUUCUGGGUUAUGGCGUUAAACCAUCUAUUUCGUUUAACCCCGACAUGCAAUCCUGUCUUCCGACAAGCAACACUUGCAUAAACAGGCUCACGCUUGCAACAGGAGACAAAGUUCCUGGCGAUAAAGAGAAACUUUACCAGUUUUUUGAUUAUGCGUUUGCUAAUACUUACUUUGGGCGCGCUUAA